UCUCAGUGCACAAGACCGGUGGAGAGCGCGCGAGCAGCAGAGUGAACGAAAGAGCGCGCACGCGAGAGAGAGGGAGAGAGAGAGAGAGAGAGAGAGUCACACGCGCAGGGAAGACCUCCCUUUUCUCUCUCGCUCUGAGAGAGAGCUGCACAAUGUGAAGAGGCAAAUUAGCUCGGCAAACUUCCCCAGCACACGUCUCACCGUCUCACCGGAAAGCAGAGGGACGGCGGAGCCGGAGACAGGGAGCGCGAGACGCGCGCGAGACGCGCUCUUUCUGCUCGGUGUAAAGGUGACAUGAGGAGUGUACUGCGCGCGAGCCCCCGCGUCUCCGAGCCACAAGGAGCUCUCUGAACCUCUCAGCUGCUCUGCAGGGGAACUUUGUUCAUGUGCGUUUUGUUGGGCUGAUUUCCGCGGGCAGCUCCACCACACCGAGAGGAUGGGCGGAUUUAUCUGCACGCGCUGAGGAUUUUCUUUUUUUAUUAUUAUUAUUUUUUAUUUUUUAUUUUUUUGGAUGACGGAACGUUAAUAACCGAGCGUUGAUAGAACAGCCUGUCUCCUGCCAUGUCGUGGGUCCUGUGUUUGUGGAUAGCAGUUAGCUGCCUCGUGCUCUGCCAGGCCACUCUGUACGAGACCAUCCAGCAGCAUCACGUGCCUCGACCCGGCCGUAACGCCAUCCAGAUUCUCGAGGGCGGGACGUGUGAGGUGAUCGCAGCUCAUCGGUGCUGCAAUAAGAACCGCAUUGAGGAACGCUCGCAGACGGUCAAGUGCUCGUGUCUGCCGGGAAAAGUGGCAGGAACGACACGCAACAAGCCCUCCUGCGUGGACGCCUCCAUUGUGAUCGGGAAGUGGUGGUGUGAGAUGGAGCCAUGUUUGGAAGGAGAAGAGUGCAAGACGCUGCCAGAUAACUCGGGCUGGAUGUGUUCCUCCGGGAACAAAAUCAAAACCACCAGGAACACACAGCCGUAUUCCCCUUUUUAGCUCGAGAGCAGCUGCAGGAGAACCGGCGCAGAACCCUCAGCACAAGAGAGGGAGCCCUCCUUGACAAGGAAGGCCUUUUGUUUGAGGAGGGCCACAAUGAGAGAGAGAGAGAGAGAGAGAGAGAGAGAAAGGCUGGUGAUCGUCCAGUCACUCACAUCUGCUUUUACCUGCUGCUCUGGUUCAUUAGGCCAACAAAUUAUUUACAUGCAAAAAAAAAACAUGAUUUUUAAAACAAUCUGCUCAGAAAAUGAGCCAAAGACAUGGAAUAAAGGGGAAAAACUGUUUUUUGUUUGUUUUUUUUUCUUAAAAAAAUCUGCCUGAAGAGACAUCCUGCUCUCAAAUGCUUAAAUGGCUCAGGCAUCUAGCAGAGUUUUGCGGUUUCACGAGCAUCUUCAUCUUUACACCGUGGAAAUACCACACUUAAUUCUCUUCAGAGCAAAAGUGAAGAACUCGGAAUAGAGCUGUUUCACACGCCUUAUACGUGAUCAUAUCCCUGUCAGUCUCAUCAAAAAACAAAGAGCUACUGCUCAUCUCUUUUGACAGUUUGUCCAGUUUCUUCUCACUGCCUGUCAUAUUCAUAUAAAAUCAGUUCUGACACGUUCAGACUGUGUGUGUGUGUGUGUGUGUGUGUGUGUGUGUGCGCGUUGUGUCACAUUUCCUGCACAUUUCCUUGGAGCAGAGGAGAAAAGCGAUGUGGUAAAAUCCUACUUCCUGCCCUUGAGUUCUUCACCCUGAGACAGUGACGUGGAAGAAAAUUGUGCGUUAAUGUGAUCACUGAUUUAGGAUGCACGAGGCACAUGUGGGACUGCGGUGUUUAGGACGAGCUCUAAAUCGCCACGGCGGCACAGCUGGAUGUCUCGCUGUGAGGGACAGGAACGCUAAAGGACGUAGGAAAGUGCGCUGUACCAGUGAGCGGCUUUCACUCACACGCUUUACAGGAAAAACUGAGUCCUGACAUUUGAGUUAAUUGAAGCUGUGUGUGUGUGUGUGUGUGUGUGUGUGUGUACGCAUUACAGACACAGAACGCUUUAUUCCUGAACUCUCUGCCAACAGAACACAUUCGGCUCCAAGCUCACGUUAUUUCUAGGCACAUUGUUUUUUUCAGUUAUUAAUGCUUGGAUUAAACUCAUUUAGUUCCAGUUAAAAGUCAAACACACUAAAAACUAUAAAAACUAAUCUAAUAAAUGCUGAUGAUAGGUUGUGAUUUCUUUCUAUCUAUCUGUCUCUCUUUCUCUUUUUUCAUCUUUAGCUCUCUCACUCUUUGUCUUUUUAACAUGUUAUAAAAUGUUAACACUUCUCUGGAUUUCUCAUUUUCUCUCCCUGUCACGUUUUACUUUUUAUAUUCAACAUCUCCAGCUCCCUCUCUCUCUCUCUCCCUGUCUGUCGCUCUGCAUCUUUGCUUCUCUCUCCAUCUUGCUAUCUGUCUCUCUUGAUCUCUCUCUCUCACUGUCUCUCUAUCUCACUCUGUCUGUCUGUCUGUCUUACUCUCCCUCCCUCUCUGUUGCUGUCUUUCUGUCUGUGUCUCUCUCUUGCUGUCUUCUUCUCUCUGUCUUUGCGCUUGCUCUCUCUUCUCUGUCUGUCUCGCUCUUUCACGCUCUCUCUCUCUCUCUCUCUCUCUCUCUCUCAGUCGUGCUCUCUCAGAUUCAACCUCAAACAGCUUUUUUUGGCGUGAAUCGUAAUGAACAACUGUUGCCAAACCAUUAAGCAGGAUAAAGGGGAAAAAAGACAAAAAUAAAAAUAUUAAGCAAGCAAAUAACUAAAUAAAUAAAUUUAAAAAGAUAAAUCUAUCUCUUUCUCUCACUGCCUCUCGCUCUCUCUGUCCGUCUCUCUAUCCCCAUUUCUCUCUUUCCCCAUCCCUCUCACUCCGUCUCUCUCUAAAGCUGCAGUUUGUAUGCAUUUCUGUUCGUCACACAGCAGCAGAGGAAAUGUCAGUGGUGUGUGUGUGUGUGUGUGUGUGUGUGUGUGUGUGUGUGCGCACAUGCUCAGGGCGAAGCCACAGGCCGCAGACUUUAAUUAGCUUCACUCAGUUCUGCAUGGCUAAAACCCAGAGAUUUCCUAACACACACACACACACACACAACUGGUUCUGCUGCAGCAACUUCUUCAGCCCUGAGAGAGAGACAGUGUGUGUUUGAGUGGUGAUGUAUCAGUGUGUGAGAGAGUGAGUGGUGCUGUGUGUGUGUGUGUGUGUGUGUGUGUGUGUGAGUCAGAUACAGCACAUUACAAGCCUGUGUGAGUGGUGGAUAAUAUGAUAAACAUUUACACAUGUUAGCAGAGCUGAGGAAGGAGG